AGACAGUUGAAUCGCCAACUUGUGAUGAUAUUUAUUAAAAUCUCAGUUGAAUUUAUUUGGAUGGAAAAUGGGAAGAAAAUAUCGCGGAGAUUCCAAGAGCGAAGGCAUGUUCCUGCGUCUUCUUCCUUCACUCACCGUUGGAUCCACCAAUUUCUCAUUCUUCUUCAACUCCAAAUUGAAGAAAUUCUCAAGGUGUGCGUUCGUUCAUAUGGGUCGAGAAGUUGUUCAUUCUUUCAGUAGAAGACAUGCGGAGUUCCGUUUCUGCAAUGUGUCAGGUUUCACCAAUGAAUUGCUGGAGAUUCAUUCGGAUGAUCCAUCAUUGCACGUAUUGUUCAUACCUGGAAAUCCAGGAAUUAUUUCAUUUUAUAAAGAUUUUCUGGAAUCGCUAUAUCAGUUGCUUGGAGGCCGAGUGUCUAUAACAGCUAUUGGGCAUGUAUCUCAAACGAAGAAGGACUGGGAAGGUGGAAGGUUAUUUUCAUUACAAGAACAAAUUGAUCACAAGAUUGAAUUUGUCAGACAAGAAUUACCGAACAAUGACAUUCCACUACUACUGGUCGGACAUUCUAUUGGAUCAUAUAUCUCCAUUGAAUUGUUCCGUAGGUUACAAGAUCAGGUGGUGUAUUGCAUUGGAUUGCAUCCAUUUUUGAUGAUUAACAAACAAUCUCGUCAGCAAUUGCUUAUUGGAAAAUUUGCAGGAUCCCCACUGCUAUCGACUCUCUUUUCUGCUCUUACCGCAUUGGUGGGUGCAUUACCGAGACGAGCUCUAAGUUUUGUUGUGAGAAAAACUAUUGCAAAGUCAUGGUCAAAUACUGCAACCGAGGCUGCUUGCUCUCACUUGCUAAAGUACCAUACCAUGCGAAAUGUGCUAUUUAUGGCGAUGACAGAAUUUAAAGAGCUUUCAGAAGCACCAGAUUGGGCAUUUAUGAAGAAAGCGAGUCAGAAAUUAUCAUUUUUGUUUUGCAUUGAUGACCACUGGGCUCCAAUGCAUAUGUAUGAGGAGAUUUCCAAGCAGGUCCCUGAGAUUGAUCUCUCAGUUGAAAGGGAGGGCCAUACACAUGCAUUUUGCUGCUCAGAGGCUGCCUCACUGUAUAUUGCUCAACAUGUAGCAAAUUUGAUCAAGAAUCAUCUCCCAGAUUAAGGUCAGAUCUCAGAUUGAUUCUUUCAUGCUCCAUUAGAGAACUUGCUCGAUCACCCGUGUUCUUUUUGACAGUAUCUCUGUAAUUUCAUCCUUACAAAAUACUCGUAUUGUCGACAAAAAUAAAGAAGAUAUAACAAAAUAGAAGAAUGGAAGGAAUAGCGUCGAAUAUACGACGUUAUAAGUUAGCCAUCAUCUUCAAAGUGUUCAGGAUAACUGGGUUGAAGUGCCAUAUUCGUGAUGUUGUGGUACCGAGACUCGAAUGAAGGAUUUGUUUUUUCAAUACUUACUGAAUAAUGAUGGUCAAACAUAUGUUACUUGUAUAAUUUAAGCCACUAGGGCCACUAAAUCUCAUUGAGUUUAGCAAAAUAUCAGAAAUGCUUUUAGAUUCAACCAAGAAA